AUGGGUCCAGUCACUGGAAUGACUCCGGAUAAGAAAGCUGAAACACCAGGAGCAGAAAAAGCUGCAGGACUACGGCAGUGUCAUGGGGUGGGAAGCUUGCCCGACGGAGGCGAUGCCGGCAGACCAAAGUCCACCGUGGUGGACAGAGAUUCAGCAGACGAUGAGCUCACAAAUUUGAACUGGCUGCAUGAAAGCACUAACCUUCUUACAAACUUCAGCCUUGGAAGUGAGGGUCUACCGAUCGUUAGCCCGUUAUAUGACAUUGAGGGCGACAGUGUGCCAUCCUUCUCACCAUCCUGCUACCAGAACCCCGAAAAAAAAUCCUCCACUUCCAAACCCCCUUACUCUUUCAGCCUUCUCAUUUACAUGGCCAUCGAGCAUUCCCCCAACAAGAGCUUGCCAGUCAAAGAAAUCUACAGCUGGAUCCUGGAGCGCUUCCCCUACUUUGCCACGGCACCCACCGGCUGGAAGAACUCUGUCCGACACAACCUCUCCUUGAACAAGUGUUUCCGAAAGGUGGAGAGAAGCCAUGGCAAG